ACAGACAGACACACUCUCACACAUACUCACAGAGAGGAAAUAUUUUUCACUCACGCAGAUGGCUGCUAGCUCACUCCUCUCUCCCUCUCUUUCUAUAAGCAGGUGUUAAUAUGCAACACUAAACUAUUAGAGACCGACAAAGAGAGAGGAGAGGGAGGAUAGAGAGAAUAGGAGAGAGUGCACUACCCCAACAGUAGCAGAGGGAGAGAAAGAGAGCGAGAAGGAUUGUGAGCAAGGAGAGGGAGAGCAAAAGCUUAAAGAGGGAUCUGCAUGGUAAGUAGCCAGAAGAGCGAACACUUAAAACAUUUUUUUAAAACUGCUUUUUGGUGGAGAAGGAGAAGAGGGAUACAACGGAGGAGUCUGGACCCUGUCGACCAGUUCCCUUGCCUGGGCACACUGGUCUUCAGACGAGUGGAGUAAAAAGUGAAGGAGAAGGACUGAAGGGAAAGAAGCCGGGAGGAACACAAGGCAGUCAUGGAUAGCACAUAGAGGCUCAGCCAGACGCUAGGAUGGCCUGGAUUCUCACACUGUCGCUGGCAACCGUCCAGCCCAGAAGCUACUGAUACUCAUGAGCUCCCAUGUGUUCUCUCAGUCAUGCUUCCUGGGUAUGGAUUCUUCCCUCUCCCUGACUUCCAGCCUCAUCUACACGCCUUCCGUUUCCGAGGAAAGAGCCCCAUUAUGUGGAUCCCGGUCUCAGGCGAGUCCCAGAGUUUGAGUGAGGCCCCGGACGACAUGCCUCUCCUCCGGCAGUGCCACCACAAGCACAUCGCUGUGUGUCAGCAGGAGACUCUGACCUUCAUCGAGCUGCAGCCGCCUGUGACACCCAGCGUCAAAGGCUGGGGCUCCCCAACUGCAGACACUCAACGCUUCAGCCCGUUGUCUCUGAAUCAUCCUAAACACACGAGUGAAGCACAAAUUGGCAGUGGGAGAAGUGAUUAUUACACUGAUACUAAUACGGACCUGAGUUUAGACUCUCCGACGCUAGGGGGCGAGGUUGAGCUGGUUAUCCAGGAAGAUAUCAGGACUAACCCUCCAGUGCAGGAGCAGUAUGAGAGACCCAUGACGGUGUCAUCUGUGUUUCUUCCCCUCCACGCAGCCCUCAGCCUGCCCCUGUCCCUCCCCCUGUCCUCCCUGUACAGAGACACAGACUCCUGGGACUCUCAGCCACCUGGCUCUCCAUCCUCUCCUGAGCUUCCGUGGCUGCAGAGCCCAGAUACCUGUCGACCCCAGAGGAGGUCAUCACAGAGCUCCCUCAGGGAAAAGUCCAUCCGGCGUAAGGUGCGGGUGUACUCACCAGACAGCCUGAGUGACGAGUCUCUGGCCAGCCCCAUUCUGGACGGUGACUACCUUUUCCCAGGACCCUUUGACUUCUUUCUGGAAGAGGACCUCAGGGGAGACCCUGAAGACGCCGCGAGUCCCUCAUCAACAGGGGGUGCCGUAGACCCCCAAACCCCCAACCCUCCAAAGAUUCCACCUCUGUCCGCAGAGCCACAUCGGUCGUCAGAGGACUCCUCUGUCUUGAACUCUGGGGCUGUAGAGAAUUCCUCGGCCACCGGGGGGAGCGCUUUAGCCUGCUCUCGUUUGGCGGAACAUGAGCGGCGGCGCUUCUCUGCCUCUGAGCUGAUCUCACGGCUGCAGCUGUCCCAGAGGAAGAACUCGUUCACGCUAAAGCUAGGCAAGUCGCUGUCGGCUCGUGUGGCUUCCCGUGACAGGCAGACCUCCAGCAACCUCAGCUCCAGCUCUGACUAUAAGGCCACUUCCAGGCACCGUGGCUCAGGUGGUUCCAGUCACAGCGCCCCCCACAGUCCUGUAGGACCUAUACCGCCACUACCCACUGCUGACAAUAACACGCAACAACAUCGACGGAGCACUGGAUUCGCAAUCAAAAAUAUAAGGAAGAAAUCCAUCGAGGAGGAUUGGUUUACUCCUCCCACAGUCAGCAGCUCCAAUCGUCUGUCACGGUUUCUCCCCAGCUCAAUUCUGUACCAGGAGUACAGUGAUGUUGCAAUCAACCGAGAAAUCCAGAGGCAGCAGGGGGAGGAGCCAGGUGCUGAGGAGGAGAGGCUAAGGGUAGAAGGGGCUGGGGAGGCCCCAUCUCCGUCCAAUCUGUCUCCGUCUAGCUCCUUUUGCUCGUCACGAGGCUCCGCCUUCUCCCUGUGGCAGGACAUCCCUGAUGUCCAGACCAGCGAUCAGCUGGACAACUUCAGCAACGAGGAGCGCAAACUACAGGAGGCCAAGUUUGAGCUAGUGACAUCUGAGGCGUCGUACAUCCGGAGCCUGGCCAUCGCGGUGGACCACUUUAUGCUGUCCCAGGAGCUGGGGGAGUGUCUGGGGACCCAGGACAGACAGUGGCUCUUCUCCAAGCUGCCCGAGGUCAAGGACGUCAGUGAGCGGUUCCUGCAGGACCUGGAGCACAGGUUGGAGGAGGACAUCUUGCGUUUUGACGUAUGCGACAUCGUCCUGGCCCACUGUCCCGCCCUGCGAAGGGUCUACCUCCCUUACGUGACCAACCAGGCCUACCAGGAACAGACCUACCAGCGCCUGUUACAGGAGAAUGCUCGCUUCCCAGGUAUCCUGGCUCGUUUGGAGGAAGACCCCAUCUGCCAGCGUCUUCCCCUUGCCUCCUUCCUCAUCCUCCCCUUCCAGAGGAUCACACGGCUUAAGAUGCUGGUGGAAAAUAUCCUGAAGAGGACAACACCAGGCUCUAGGGGUGAAGACACAGCCACUAAGGCCUUCAAUGAACUGAAAAAGCUUAUAAAGGAGUGUAACUCCAGUGUGCAAUCAAUGAAGAGGAUGGAAGAGCUCAUUCACCUCAAUAAGAAGAUCCACUUUGAGGGCAAGAUAUUCCCUCUGAUCUCCCAGUCUCGCUGGCUGGUCAAACACGGGGAACUGCUGGAGGUGGACACACAGACCAUGAGUAUUUCUGGGUCAAAGUUCAAGUUGCCCACAAGGCCUGUUUAUCUGCAUCUGUUCAAUGACUGUCUUCUGCUGUCCAGGAGGAAAGACACGUGGAAGUUCAUGGUGUUUGUUCACGCUAAGAUUGGGCAGCUGAAGGUGAAGGACUUCAGUCAGAAGCUCCAGGGCAUCUCAGGCUUUAUAUUCCACCUCCAGCUGUGUGAGGGCCAGCAGCUCAAACACCACAUCCUGCUCAAGGCCCACACUGAGAGUGGGAAACAGAGAUGGAUCACAGCCAUGUUCCCCUCUGAUCCAUUGGAAGACAUUGAGCAGGCCAGUGAGAAUGAUGAUCUUUCUCAAGUUCAGUGCAUCAAGAGCUACCAGGCCCAAGAGCAUGACGAGCUAACAUUGGAGAAGGCUGAUAUUCUUCAAGCCAAGACCAUUACAAGUGACGGCUGGGUGGAGGGCAUUCGGCUGUCAGAUGGGGAGCGGGGCUGGUUCCCCAAAACCAAUGUAGAGGAGAUCACAAAUCGCAGUGCGCGUCUCCGCAACCUCAGAGAAAACAUCCGCAUCAAGUGUGUCACACAGAAACUGGAGGAGGAGCUCUUUUAAGUGUCCUCUCCACCCUGCAGCUUUUCACAUACACUUGGAAUGUCCAAUCGUAAUGGUGUAGUAACUCUCAACCCCAAAUAUCUAUAAGUCCCAGCUUUUACGCAACACCAGUUAUAUAAUAGCUGAGCAGUUUCAGGUGAUCUGGAUGUGGGAGCUUUAUUUAGUCUGCAGGUGCUCAUAAGAUUUGGCGUAUCUUGACCAUAAGCAAUAUAGCUAAGUAGUAUGGUUUUCCAGCUUCAUAGCAGUAAUUUCCUUUCAAUCAUGCUUGCUAUGACUGCAUAUACAACUACUGUAACACAACUACUGGGACAUCAGAAAUCAAGUGUUUUUCUUUGCCCCAAGCACUUUAAUUGUCAUCUUAAAGAGUCCUCUCAGCAUUCGAAAUAAACACAAUUUCAGACAUACUGUACAUUCAAAUCAUGACUAGCCUACUUUACUAAUGGAGAAAGUCAAUUUCAACAAAACAUUGAGGAUUACUGAGUUUGUACAUCUUCCCUGUGAUUUGACAUUGAGAGCUGUUUACGCAUAGACCAAAAUUAAGAUGGAAGCACAUAAUACUAUUUACCAACCACUACUACAAUCUACAUGUAGAUGUACACCAUUCCAUUGGCACAUUAUUAUUAUUUUUAAAUAUACCUUUGUUGAAUUUCUGAGUUGUUAGUACUAAUUUAAAUGAUUGCUGUUGCAGCAUGUGUAUUUGUUUAUGCUCCUAGCUGGUUAUUCUCUAUGGAGAAAAUGAUGUAAAUUUACAUUCUGUAGAUGUACUUACAUGUUUAAAUGAAUAUAUGUCUAAUUUACUAUUAUGACUGUAAUUUAUAAGGGCCAGGAUCUGCCAAAAACAUGCCAUACCAUUAUAACAAAUAUUAGAAUUGAAAAAUAUAGAUUACAAAAGACUAAUAACACAUGUGAGCUACUUGAGAUCUCUGGUUGUGAGCACAAUACUGUAAAUGCUUUACCCCUGAAAUAAAUGCACAUACUUACAGUUUUCAGUGA